AAAGUAGUUAAAUUUCUCCUAUCAAAAUAGUUAAUUCAUUGUUACAUUUAUUAUUCUCCUCUAAAUUUCAUUGCAUUGUUACAUUUAAUGUCUAGUUAAAAUUUCUCCUAUUGAACUAGUUAAUUGUUAUUUAUAUUGAAGUUGUUCAAAUUUUAUAAUAAAAGUUAAUUUAAUUGGUACAUUUUAAUUGUUACAUUCUAGUCAAUUUAAUUGUUCGAAUUUAAUUGUUACAUUGUAGUUCGAUUUGUUAGAUUUGUAUUUGAAAUUCACUAGUUUAAUUGUACUUCGAAUUUAAUAUUUGUUAUAUUUUUAAGAUGGAACGUGGUAGAGCUUCAGUAGAUAUGGGUAACCUCCGCCGCAACCGAACAAAGGAGAUUGCGAGGAAUCAUCCAAGCUUGCACAAAGGUAAGGGACGGGCCGGGGCUUCAUCUCAAACCCGAGAUGAUUUUGAUGCGGAUUAUAACCAAAGAUAUGGGUCUGCGAUGUCCGAUGAGCAAGUAGAACAACUAUUACGACAAAAUCAAGGGGCCUUCUUCCAUCAACAAAACAUCCCGACCAUUGACGAAGAAGAGCUCGAGGAUGAUGAUGCGGAGGAGAGGGAUCCGCAAACGGUCGAGCACGAGGUUCAUGGCACACCGUACGAUGAUGAAGAGCAAGCGGAAGUGGCUACUUCUUCCCAAGGCGGUGAGAAAGCUGAAUCAGUCUUUAAGGCAAAUUUUACAAAAUUUAAAGACCCCCAAACCGAGAUAUGGUACGCCACUUGCAAGCAUUGCCCAAAGAAGUAUAACUUGGGAACUUCUGGAGGGUACGGGAGCGCCACAAGGCAUCUUAAGGCCAAGCACCCGGCGGAAUAUGCGAAAUCAGACAAAGGCAAGGGAAAGCAAACACAAAUUUCAAGAUUUGGAAGUGGCCAACCCUUCGGUAAUUUCUCCUAUGAUGAUCAAAGACAUUUGACUGAAGGGGAUGACUUUGACGUUCUUCAGUGGUGGAAGGAAAAAGAGAGAACGUUCCCGAUCUUAUCAAAGAUGACUAAGCAAGUGCUAGCAAUGCCGGUAUCAACAGUUGCUGUGGAACAAGAGUUUAGUGCGGCCGGUAACGUCCUAACGGAUUAUAGAACGAGAUUAAGCGCAAACUCUCUUGAGACGCUUGUUUGCUUCCACGAUUGGUUGAAGGCCAAACGUAGAACUCAAGAAAUCAGCAUUGAACCCACUCGCCACUUUAUGGAAGAAACAACUGAAGAUGGAGGAAAUUCUAAUUGAUUCAUACUUCAUUACUUAUUAUAAAGUGUAUUUCAUGUUUUUAUUUUUGCUCAAUUUUCAAUUGUACUACAAAUAUCAAAUAAAUAUGUUUUACCCUUUUUUAUGUCCAAGUAAUAUUAAUUUAAUUUUGGUA